AUGCUUCAAGUUUCAAGAUCGCCAGAGUUUCCUAAUUGUGGGAACAUGAAUUCAGUUUCGAUGCACGCUUCCUCCGGUGAAGAUCUGGGAUCUCUGAAAGGAAGCAGGAGCAGGCCGAGGUCUCACUCGUACUACAGCCGAGAGGACAGUAAGAAGUACAGUGUGCAGACUCAGGCGGAGGAAACCUAUACAAGACCACGCUCCAGAUCUUUUUACAGUAUUGAGACAUCGGACCAUAAUUAUGUGCAUGAGCUGGGAAACUCUGCAUUAUCCAGUCCACUGAGGCAGAAGGCGAACUCCAAGUCCAGGUCUAAACCAAAAAAGCACUCUCCAUCAAGAGAUCUCAACGGCACUAAAGACACUCUGAAGCUCGUGUCCAUGAUCACCAUCUCUGAGUCGGACAACUGGGAGAUCACCUCCAACUCGGGGAUGAAGUACGGGCAGUUUGUGGACUGGGAGAAGAUUGAUCCCGAGGCUGCCAAAAGAUACCAGCAGAUCCUAGAGAGCAAUCACCAGCAGCUGAAAACCAUGGGCCGGGAGGGAUUCUGGGAAAUGCCCCAUACGCUGCGGGCUAAAGCGUACUAUCACAUCAUCCACAGCAUCAACUCCAUCGGCACAGUCACUCCAGACAGAGAAGUCUACUAUGAAUUGUCCAAGGAGCUCUUUGGAGAACAGAAAAUCAGCACCCAUCCUGUGCCAGAAUACAUGGAGGCCGGAGAAAUACCCAGAUACUGUCUCAACAAAGCCGGCCUGAACGCCGUCAAAAAAAUCCUCCUCUGCCUCGGGAAAUACUUCCCGGACAUGAACUUCUGCCCCAUCCUACCUGAGCUGGUCUCCCUCCUCCUCCACUUCAGCCAGGACGAAGCCGAGUGUUUCCACAGCGUGUCCCGCCUCAUCUGCUACCAAGACCCCAACAAGCGCUACAUCGACCAGACCUUCCUCACCUACCGGGCCUCCUGCAUGACCUUCGGCGACCUCGCGAACAAGUGUUGCAGAGGCAUCCGGAAGCUGAUCGCCAGCUCUCACCAGAACCUGUUUGAGUUUUACUCCGACUGGAUAAUGUGGAUAUUCGCAGACCUUCCGUUCACAUAUGCGAUCAGAGUGCUGGAUGUGUACCUACUGGAGGGCUACAAAGUGCUCUACAGGGUGGCGCUGGCUUUGCUCGGCCUCUACAGAGUGUCCGUCUCGUCUCGGGUGGCGGAUGUGGAGGACUUCAGGACAGACAUGAAGAGCUUUGUGCAGAACAUAGCUCGACACUGUACGGCCGAGAACCUCCUGAAGAGGGGCUUCAUGGUUCCCAUGGCCACGCGGAGAGAGCUCAACCUCCUGUUCAACGCCAACAAGGACUCCCUCAUGCAGAAAGGAGUCAGCAUACACCAGAAGAGGCAGUCGGUUGAGUCAGUGGAUUUCAACAACAUCACCUCCAGCGUUGUGACAGCGACUGAGAUGAGAGUUGUUUGGGCUUGGAUACCCGAGCGCUUCGCCCUCUUUAGUCCCAUUCGGCUGUUUAGCACGGCUGAACACGGAAGGAGUCUGGCUUCAUUCUAUUCACAUGUGGAGGGACACGAACCAGCGGUCUUGAUUAUCAAAACUGUGGAUGAAGAGGUCUUUGGGGCCUUCCUGCCAACAGAUAUGAUCGAAAGAAGAAAGCAUGACUCCGGUGGACUUACAUACUUUGGAACUGGGGAAUGUUUCGUUUUCACGCUUCGUCCCAGCAUGGAGCGUUACCAGCAGGCCGUGGUCAACAUUAUGACCAGGAGAGCUUCUCCUCCUCAGCAGGUUCAGCCCGGCAACGACGCAUCCCCUGAGGUCCCCAAUACCGGGUGGUGCCCUGUCACCUCCACCCCCGGCAACACAACUCUGACAUGUCCAGCUGGAACCCCCCAGGACCCCAGUUACCUGACGAUCCCCUGCACUGCCCCUUCAGAGGAACCCAUGACCGCCAAGGAGCCAAAGAGACCCAAAGAACUGGAAGCCUCCAUGUUCAUUGCAGGCAGCGACAGUCAGCUUUUUAUCGGUGGUGAUGGUGGCCAUGCACUCUGCUUAGAGAAGGACCUAACGGGAGGAUACUCAGACCCUUGUGACACGUUCAAGAGCAUCCCACUCUGCAAGGGACAUUUCAAGAUCCAGGCACUCGAAGUGUGGGGCAUCCAGAACUCAAUUUCCCUUUCUCACACUUUUCUCUCUCUGUAACAAAAAAUGAAAGAGCUGCGUUGUGAUUUACAUCUUUUGUAAAAUGCUGAAGGUUGCUGUUUCGUUGGACUUGUUCAUAGGCCGAUAUGAAUUUCAAAUACUUAUUUUGUUAAUCAUUUUCAAACAACUGAGUGAGAUGUCACUUGCAUGUUUUCUACACGUUAAAGCUCCUGUGAGGAGUUUUCAGCUGGUUAUGAAAAAGACUGAAAUUACUAUUGAUACCUCUCUAUGACCUAAGAAGGUGUAAGAGACCAUCAGCGAGAAGACUGAUUAUUUUUAUGUGGUUAUUUUUAAUGCCUGUAAACACUGCUGCAGGGUAGUAGUCAGACGAGGUGUCUGCCUAAACAGGCAUUUUUUUUACAUUAUCCGAGUCAAGGAUUCAUAGUGAAUUAUAUGUUUGCCUGUUAUAAAGAAGCAGGGUGAUACUCUGGGGAGACAACACUACUUAAGUCUGUUUAGCAUAAAAUCAGCAAAAGGAUAAAAGUUUUCGGAGAACAGUAACAUCUCUUUGAUGUAUCUGCUUCAUCUGUGUUGGUUUCCCUAUUAUUCAAUUUGUAUGAAUCUUUCCUAAUAAGACGUGUUGGGGUAGAAACAUAUGUUCUAUUCUUAUACAUCUGUCCAGCCUUGUGAUGAUAGUCCAGGUACUAUUGACUAAAAUAAACUGC